UCAAAUAAAAAUUUCUUUCGGUAGAUUGCAAUUGUGUUUGUUGUUAAAAUUAAAUUUUCAAGUUCUUCUCUUAAAAAAGUGUGAAAAAAAUGAUUGGUCGCUGGUUGCAAUAUGUUACGAAAAUGCUAAUGUAAACACAAGACGGUGGAAAACGUGUCGAACAUGAAUAAUAUUGGCAGAUAAAUUGAAAUACUCUGCAUCUUGGAUUAAAAUAUUUUUUCUGGUCUCGGUGGCCAGACAGACAUUUGUAAGCGCCAUCUUUCCGCUCUAAUGAUUAGGCUGGUAUAUAAAAAAUCUUUAAAAUAAUCCGCGAAUGGUCAACAAAAAGGCUGAUUCUUGGGUGCAGGAUUAUUCGAAAAAGACUUUUCUUGACAUCUACAAAAUGGAUUUGACAGAAACAAUGAAACAAGUUCUGACAAACAAAGGAACAACCCUUGGUGGGUCCAACAUGCCUGGCGCAGGAUCAAUGCACAAUCAGCCAAACGAUGUAAAUUCCAGCAAUGUUGCUGGUGUGGGUUAUGUCACGGAAAAACUGUACAUGCUUCUUCAACUAUAUCUCCAAAAUAAGGGAUGGAGCCCUAGUGUUGAACUGUUACAAUGUUUUUCGGAAUUGAAAGAUAGUGCACUGCUGCCGAGUGCAGCUUACUUGCAAGUCCUCGCCAAUCGUUUAGCUCUAGAUUCACAGGGAAGACUGGUCUUACGAGAAUCCGGUAAAAUCGUACUGCCAUACGAACAUUUUGCCAAUGCUGUUAUGUUGAAGCACAUGACCGGUCCACAUGGAUUACAUUUAAGUGUAGAAGCUACCGUACGGGCUGUCAUUGAUUCUUACACAAUCGGCCGGGAGAAUUUCGGUAUGGAAAAGGAAUUUAUCAUCGAAGUUGUGCAAUCGUGUCCGAAUCCGGCGUGCCGUUACUAUAAGAAUCAUUUGGGUGUGGGCCCACCAUUUAUGGAUCCAGCUUUUCAAGCUGCUGCCAGUCAAAUCAAUCCUGACUUUAUGCAACAUUUGCCACAAAUGGCUGCUGCCGCUGAUAUGACGCAAUUGGAUAUUUCGGGAAAUAAUAUGAAACAGCAGCAACAGUCGCAACGACAUGCCAAAGCUCUGCAACAACAGCAGCAGCACGUCCAUGCACAACAACAAGCUCAACAGCAACAUCACGCUCAACAACAACAGCAGCAACAAAUUACAGCUGCUAUAAUCCAACAACAAAACCGUGCUAUUGCCCAACAGAAAUUAGAGAAAUUCGGUAAUAUGACUCCGCUAGAAAAACAACGUGUACUACAGCAAUUAGAUAAGAAGCACUACGACCUACCACAACAUCAACCUACACAUACAUCGAGCCACUCAUCGUCAAUUGCGAGCACACCGUCGACGUCUUUAACACCAACCAAUUUAAUUCAACAAGCACACACCGAUCGAAUUGCCUCUCAUGAUCAUCAACGUCCACCAUUGACCAUGACGCCUCAGCUUCAACAGCAAACUUCUCUGCAGCAACAACAACAACAACAGCAGCAGCAGCAACCGCACCUACCACCACCGCCAUCGCCGAUGCCACAAGUAGAUCAGCAUAAAGUGAGUGAUAUAAUGCGUGGAAGUAACAUAGAUAGCAUCGAAUCAUUAGCGUCGAAUAAAGAUUUGUUGUCACUGCACAAUGGAGCCUGGGGUGGUCAAGAGUCUCAAAAUGCUGCUGCUGGCCAGGAGAAAAUAAUCCGAGCGUUUGGUGAAUUGAUGCGAAAUAUGGCUCGAAUGAAAACGUACAUUCGACCGUCAAUGUGUAAACCGUACGGCAAACAAAGUGAAAGUUUGCAGAAAACUCUUAUCGAUACAAUUCAAUUGGUACAGUCAUUAAGAAAUUGCCUUCCGGCUCCACAUAUCCCGGUUAGUUCAUGGAAAAGCGAAGAUCGACAUCUUUAAAAAGCUGACAGAAUUCCUCGAAUACAAAAUUAUUAUGGUUGACUGGACCCACUGUAAUGAAGUACAUAAAUGUAAGAUCUACAGAAUAUUACAAAAACUAAUCUCCUUUGUGUUAAAAGUACUUUGGUAAAUCAUUGCUGUAAGUAAAUGUUUUGCGAGUAUUUUUUAUUAUUAUUAUUAUUUUGAAAAUGAAUUUAUUUUUAUUGAAAUUUUGGAAAACAAAUUUCCAUUUAUUUUUAGUUUUAGGAAAUACCAGUAAUACCAGUGCUUAAUCUGUGAUUGAAAAGUUUUUUUUUUCUUUAAAUUGUUGACUUCAUUUUUGAGUCAAGUGAUGAGCGUGGUAGCUAAAAGUUGUCGUUACUCCUGCUCAAUUUGUUCAUGAUUAGUCCGUCUGCUAAAGAUCCACUUCCUUUUAAUACUAAGUGAUACGUUAGUCGGCGUAUAAUUGUACUAAAUUUAUGUUGAAACUAAGUGGAAGUCACGAAAAAUAUUGCCAUUUCGCACGCUGGAUGGUGGAAAACUUUUUGCGAACUAGCGAGAAAUUUAGGUUCGUCCAAGACGACCAACAUUUUUUUUUUAAAUAGAGGGAAAUUUUAUGAUUAUUUUGCUCGCAGGAAGAAAGUGGACUUUUCCACCAGCGAUUUCGCACAAUACUUGGCUUUAGGGGAACGCUUUUUUGUAAGUAAAUUUUGAAAAUUUAAAAUAAAAACCAGAAAUGAAAUGAAGCUCAGCAGACUCAGUAAUCCAUUUAGUUAGAAUUUCAAAACAAAAAGCAUCACAAAAUGUAAAAGUUAGUACAAUGAACACAGUCGGUGACGAUGAUAACGGUGAUAAAUGUUGCACGACUCAAUAGACUUUCAUGGAAAGCGGGCUUCUGAACCAUUGCAACAACGGUUCAAUUAAAGGUUUGGGUUACGGUUCUUAGUCAAGAAACUGGUUCAGUUUCGCGGUUGGGUUAUUUAUGUCAAAAAAUUCGAGUUUCGGGGAUUCGGUUCGAAGCUAUAAACAUUUGUAACAUUGUGUACCUGUUACACUAACUUGACACGAUUGGAACCAAAGGAAGAGAAAAAAUGCUGCGAGCCAGUUAAUUUGAUUAAUAUGAAAAGAAUCAGAGCCCCGAACCGCAAAGAAAAUCGGUUCGCCUUCGAUUUACAGUUAAUUAAGAUUAAGAAAAGAGUUCGAUUUUGCAGUUCGGUUUUGUACGUCAAACUGGAUGUUCAAGAGUUCAGUUCGGUUCGGAAGCCAAAUGGAAAGUCUUCUUUUUCUCUCAGAUUUGGUCCCUAACAGCGCAUAGCUUUCACAUUUAGACGGUAAAGUGUUUUUUCUGAUUCAAAUUUUUCUCCGUUAAAUGGAUGAUCACAAUUCAAUUACUCGCUUAGAGAGUAUAAACCGCUUUAAGAGACAAAAAAAAAAAAAUACUCGGACCGAAGAAGCCUAAUAGUUAGGUGUUUCCAGUGAUAUAGAAUCCAGUUCGAAUUUAAUUCGCCAUCGAAAUAUAUACAUUUUAAAUGUACGCUCGCUUAACUCUGUCCGAAUUUUGUUUUUAAAAUUUCAAUGAUAUUGAGCACUGUGUUUGUCGGAGAGAAGAAUCGUUGAUUCCUGUGAUUUUGUGGUUCAAGUAAAAUAUUUUUUUGUUUAUUGAAUGGGUGUUAUGUUGUUGCGAUUAUGUUGGUUGUAAUAUUUAUCGCUACGUCGCGGCGAGAAAUAUUUCGUCAAAUAGUAGUUAAAUAAUCAUUUUCUUUGGCUACGUAAAAUUGGGUUGUGUGUGAUGAAUUCUGAUCGUUUAUCACAAUGCACGGUAUGUAUUCAACACUAUAUGUGCCAUUUGGAUUGGUUAAAAUUUGUCACGAGAUCGUUUCAGCCAAUCGAAAAUCUCAAGUGGUGAUGAAACGGAGACGUUAGUUUCGACACUAUAGUCUACUAGUUGAAUAUCACUUGAGUACUGAUACAGUCAAAUUACGUACAACGUAUUACCCAAAGACCGAACGAAAUGAUUAUUUAAUUCCUAAAACAUUUUCGUAUGUGUUUAGUAGUCAAAUUUUUUGACAUCCAAAAUAAAUUUAGCAUUUCUUUGAAGCUCUUUUAGUACUAAAUAAUGAACCUACAGAUUAUAAUGCCAUUACUAAUGUCCUAGCCUAGUCAAAAUUAAAAAAAAAAGUUUAUACGGUCUUUCGUUUGUCUGAUGUCAUUCGUUUUGAAAUAAAAGUGAAAAUUUUGUGGUAGAAUUUUGACCGUCAUUUUCCAGUUUUUUUUUAAUUAAAUUAUUCAAACAGUGUUCUCUUAUGCAUCACAACUAAGAUUGGUUAUGCAAGCUUCGGUGUGUUUCUCAAUAUCCUGUGUUCUUAAAAACUUCGAUAACAGUCAAGAAAUUUGAAACUAAUUCCAAACAUUCAAGUCAAUUCAGUCAAUUUUCAAAAUGUAUUUUAACGGCGAUAAUAGUUUUUUUUCGUAAUACUCUCAGCAUAAGUUAGGAACAACGUUUUUCCUAAACGCCGUUGGAAACAUGUGUCGCGAUAUUUCAUCAGUAGUUAGGAAAAGUAAAUUUGAGGCACUAGUGCUUUAAUUUUAACAUUAAAUUUUUGCCGAUUUAUCAGAAUUGUAAAGGAAUCAAUCGAUAUCGUUCAGGAACGAUCUUUUUCAACGUACUUUGUUACGUCAGAGGAGCUUAACUUUAUCGUUAGAAUUCUCAUAUAAUGAUGAUGAUAUCUAAGUUUUUGAACCCGAAUUUCUCAUUCUCAAUUUCGAUUCUAACUUGGAAAAUUCCUGUAAAAACUACAAAAAUUGUGGAAUUUUUCGGAAUUCUAAGUAUUAUUAGGAAUUAAAAUUAUGAAUGCCCUGUCUUCAAAAGUUACAAAAGUACACUUUCAUAUGCUCUCGAUGCAAAGACUGUAAUAGUGACAAAGAUGAUGCGAAAUUUUGGCCAUUUUUUGUGAUUUUUGAAAAUCGUGAAUAUUUGUUAAAAUCAUGAAAAUUAUCAAAAAUUUGCUAAAAUUCAUGAAAUAUCACGAAAAUCCUGAAAAUUCAGAAAAAAAAUUCGCGAGUACAGGCUCGAAGGCUCAAGUCAACAGAAAUUUCAACUUGAACAUCGGGAGCUUAAUCAUUUAACAAUAGACUGAGUUUUCUGUCAUAUUUUUGUCGCAGAACCUCAAGCUCUGUCCCCUUACUCCAUUCAUAACGGAAAAAAAUUGUAGCUUUUCUGAGCGACGUCAUUAGUUUCUUUGCAUAAGCUUUUUUGACAAGUAGUAAAAGAUCAAACAAAUGACAUGAUUAAUAGAGUCAAAUUAAACUUUCUGAAAUGAAUGGCAUCAGAUGAAUAAAUCAAAAUUACUGUUCGAUAUUGAAGUGUAAUUUAAAUAUAUAAAAAAAAAUUAAAGAAAAAUCUAAAUUUAAAACAUUGAUUUUAAUGUAAAAAUUAUAUGAAUGUGAAAAAUUUAAUUGGCAAUAAAUCUGUGAUAGAUUCAAAAUUUAAAAAAUAAAAUGAAAUUUUAAUUAACAAAAUGAAAAAUUUGAAUUGUUUUAAAACCCCUUUUGUUGGUUGCGGGAAAGUUGCGAAUAUUAAAUUAAAUUAGUAUGUUAAAAUAUCGUUCCUUAAAAAAGUGAAUUUUUAUCUU